UAUUUCUCGUGAUUGCGUAACAGAUUUUCAGCAAAUAAAGUCUAUCGCUGAGAAUAACGGUAUUAGUAAGUGAAACAUUUCAACGUGAAGACGUACAUUGUCUUGUGCUUACAAGAGAUAAAAAUCUAAACGUAAUAAAGAUGCCACGACGUGGACGAGCAGCGGGUCCUCCACCAAGGAGUGUAAGGCCAGCAUCACCAACAAGAGCUGCACCACCACCAAGAGCUGCAGCUCCAGCAGCUCAUCCCCCAGCACAUGCUGCUCCAGCAACACCAAUGGUUGCUCAACCAGCAGCCCAACAGCCAUCUCUUAUGGGACAAAUGGCUGCUACUGCUGGAGGAGUAGCUAUUGGAUCGGCCGUUGGUCAUACCAUUGGUCAUGCCAUGACUGGAUUAUUCAGUGGAAGUUCAAGCGAGACAGCAGCUGCACCUGCAGCAGCUCCUGUUCAAGCACAGAACUCUUCAGUUUCUACACCGGUCAAUGGAGCUUGUUCCUGGGAAGUUAAGCAAUUCUUAGAAUGUGCUCAGAAUCAAUCCGAUCUAACUCUUUGUGAUGGUUUCAAUGAAGCUCUUCGUCAAUGCAAAACUGCUAACAAUAUUAUCUAAUCUGGAUUAAAACUUAAUAAAAUUGGCAGUAUGAAAAUAGCGAAUAGAAUUAAUUAGGAAAGCUUUUCAUAUUGUUUUAUCGAUCAUGCAAAGAUGAUUCUAUAUUAAUAUAUAUUAGUGUAAUUGUCUGUAUAUUCAAUUGUUACGUAUCGAAUAAAACAAAAUUAGUCGUAUAUAAAUA